AUGUUGUUUCAGUCAAGUAGAAAUAAAAAACAAAUAAGAAGAAAGACAAGAGAUGAAGAUGAUCAACAGGAUGAAAAUGAACAGAAUCAACAACAACAACAACAAAAAGAAAAUGACAAUAAUAAUAGUAGUGCUAUGAAUAUUGAACCAAUAACAAGUAGUACAAAGAAUAUCGAUAUAAAUGAUGUAAAUAAUAAUAGUAAUAGUACUAAUAUAGAAAAGAAUAAGAGUGCAACAGUAAUAACAAAGAAGAAACAACAGACAACGACCACAAAGAAAAAGAGUAGAUUACUGAGUUUUGGCGAUGAUGAAGAUACUUCACAUGAUAAUGGUAAUGAUAGUGGAUCAAAUAGUGAUGGUAACAAACAAUCAGUAUACUCACUACAGAAUCAGACACUAAAGAAAAGUCAAUUCAGUAGAGCAUCCUCAGACUUGGCAGUCAAUGCAACACACAGUUCACCAAUAGGAGAAUACACGAGUGAGAAACUUGAUUUGCUCAGAAGAGAUACAUCCAUAAGAAGAACAACAAACAUUGGAAAUCAACAAGAGAAUCAACAAGACAUAGAAAUAAAGAAUAUAAUAGAUUUAGAGGAUGAGUAUAAUGGCAACCAAUCAUCAUCGCAGUUACCGACAUUCGAACAGAUCAAAGCAGCAAGAGAGAAAAGACAGAGAAUGAGAGAAGGUAAAGACACUGCUACCACAUCAGAAUCAUCAAGUAGUAGUAAUAAUAUUAGUAAUCAAGAUGAUUUCAUACCAUUAUCAACAACUAUAUCAACAGCUAGAAAAGAUAAGAAUAAAGAUACUAGAGUGAAAGAUAAAGAUGAUGAAGAGGAUGACGAUGAUGAUGAUGAAGAAGAUGUGAUUAAUACAUCAAAGAAAGAUAAGAAUAGAAUACAUUUUGGUGAUCCUGGUAAAUCUGCAACCUCAAGAUUCGGUAAUGAUGAAAAUAACUAUACAAAUACAAUAGAAACAGGCACAAGCAGUAGUAACAAAAAUAAUAAUAGCAAUAAGAAUAUACUAAUCAAUAACAAUGAUGAUGACUAUGAUGAGGAAGAUGACGAAGAACUACAACGUUGGCAAUUCGAUCUAAUGAAAAAAGGUGGUGGUAUUAAAGAAAAUAUAACAAUAGAUUCACAAUUAAGAAAACAUCAACAGGAUUUAUUGCUGCAGGGUGGAAGUUCAUCUUCACCAGUUCAACAACAACAAUCGAUUGUUAAUAUCGUCAAUGGCAAUGGUUAUAGUUUUAUCGAUUCGAUUACCAAGGAUAUUAGUGUUGCACUGGAAACACUGGAUGAAGUACAUUCUAAUCAUCGGUCGGAAUUGAAGCGUGUCGAGAAUGCGUUGUUGGAUGCCGAGGAGACUAUCAAGGAGAUAGAGUCGAAACAGCAUGUCGAUGACGAUCAACUCGGUUAUCUCUACGAGUUUCAAUCGUUUAUUAAUAAUAUGACGGGUUGUCUCGAUGAGAAGAUACCGUUGAUCGAGGAGUACGAGUAUCGUUUGAUCGAUUUGGAGAAAGACCAUGCCUAUGCACUGAGAAAGCAGAUCAAUGACCACAUCAAAGAUCUGGCAAACACCAUCGAACAACAAGCUCAAUACGAUCCAUUAGAUGCUACCACUGCAAUAAACAGCAACAAUAAUGAUGUCGAUGAAUUUGGUAGAGACAGAUCAUACUACGAGAAUUCAUCAAGAGAAAAGAGAAUGUUACUUGUACAAUCAAAGAGAAAACAACAAAGAAAUAAUAAUAAUAAUAAUAACAGUGGUGGUAAUGAUAAUGAAUUAGAAUCAAUGGAGAUUGAUGGUAGUAAUAAUAAUAAUAAUAGUAAGAAUAAUAAUAAUAGUUAUAGUUAUGAAGAUUUAUCGGAUGAAGAGGAAUUGUUUGAUGAUGAAGAUGAAACACACUAUAGGGAAGAGAAAGAAAAGAUAGAGGAAUCACUAAAGAGUGUUUUGGAUGAUGUAGAUGAAGAUUAUUGUAAUAUUAGUAACAUUAAAGAAAGAUUUCAACAUUGGAAGAUUAAAGACAAUAGUUCCUACAAGAAAGUGCAUGUCUCUUAUAUAUUACCAGCACUUUUCGCGCCAUUCGUAAGACUUCAACUCAUAGAUUGGAAUCCAUUGCACAACAUCAAUUUCGAUACAUUGAAAUGGUACACUGACCUAUCUGACUAUGGAAUGAUAAAUCAUAAAUUAGAUGAUGAUGAUCCCGAUGCCAAUUUGAUACCUAAACUCAUUAUAAAGUUAGUGAUUCCAAAAGUAGAGGAAUAUACAACAUUCAUAUGGAACCCAUUCUCUAGGAAGCAAACCAAUAAUUUAAAAUAUACAAUAGAAGAAAUACAAGUUUAUUUGGAGGAUGCAAAUGAUUUAUUAAUUAUAUCUAAUAAGCUAUUUAUGACAUUGGCACAUAGUGUUGAUACACUUAUUUUACCUGUUGUUAAAGAUGAAACUGUAGAAGAUGGUAAUGAGCUCAUUGAUUUCUCAAAGUAUAUGUUUAAGAGAUGUCUUAGAUUGCUGAGCGCAGUGUCAGUGUGUUCAAGUUGGCUCGAUAGAGAUAAUAUGGUUAGAUUGGUGCUGAAAGAUAUCUUUAGAAGUAAAUUGAUCCCAUUCGUCAUUGUAAAGCCAAAUAAUCUAAAAGAACAAUAUGUAAAUGAAAUAUUCAACUGUUUUAGUACUUCAUGUCUACAAAAGUUACAAUAUUCAAAGGAAAACUUUAUAGUUGAACUAUUCCAAAAAUAA